UAAGACGGAAGCAGAGAACUCGUGACUCAAGUCACGCCUCACCUCUUCUGAGAUCGCAUCGGCAAUCUGCAUACUAGUAUCUGGUACCGGUAUCUGGCAAUGGCAUACUGGUAUCACCCUCAGCUCUGGCUUUCUCUCUCUGUUAUGGAUCCACACGUGCGGCUGUACGAAGAAAAGAGAAAAUGGCAAGCACUGGCAAGAAACACAGAGGUAUCCGAAGGAAAGCCUCGGAUCGGCGUCGAGUGUUGUGGGAUCGAACAGGACAAGUUUUUGAGGAACUUUCCAAGGGUGAUACCUUGCUAGAUGCAUCACAGAUUCCAGAGCUUCUUGAGCGGGUCCUCCCGAGAAACACUGGUAGAACUUCCGAUAUCAGUAUUGCCAGUACUAGUAGUAUUAGUCUCGAUCCCGAUGCGGUGCAAUUGGUAGUGGACACGGCGCAUAGACUGCAACAAAAAGAGAAGAGAGGUGAGAGUAUUCCUGGAAACAAGUCCGUGGGGAAGAAAGCCAUUCAAAGAGCCGUGAUACAGUACGGAAAGUACAUCCAAAACGCCGACAAGAUUGAUGAGAUAUUUCAAUACUAUGACAAGGAGCAAGAUGGGUACCUAUCACGGGACGAACUCCUAAAGAUGCUCCAAGAACGAGAAGAAAAGAUGUCACGCCCCAAGAAGUUAGAGGUGACGCAGGAAGACAUUGAUUGGAUCAUCGAAGAGAGCGACUCGGACAACACUGGAAUGAUCAACAAUGUCGAGUAUCUGCCGGCGUUGGCGGCAUGGGAAGAGUUGGCACAAAUGAAAUUGGAAGACGAUGGUGAUGGCAAUUGUAUCGUCAUGUGAUUCGAUUCACACUUUGGCAACAGGUGGAACCAAGCUCACUGUCAAGUUCAAUGGCCAACCUUGUAACACAGAUGGUAACGGCGCUUCUCUUCGUGCAGUCCGGUUGGAUAAAAACAAAUUCUAAGUAUGGUUUGGAUGAAAAUCAGCUUCUUCUUGAGG